AACGCAGAAGUGGAACAUCGCAGAGACGCGUUUGAAAACAGCACCUUCAACUACGUGACAAUUACCUUGACCUUGGUGAGACAUUCGGCGGCCCACGUAGCGACUGUGGUCAUCCCUGCACUUGUUCUCGUUUUGCUGACUCUGGCUUCGUUUUGGAUCGAGGCCGAAAGUUCCUCUCGCUUGUGCCUCGUCUGUUCGCUUUUCGUGAGCCAUAUUCUCUUCUUGCAGUACACGAGUCUCUCUUUGUUCAACAAUGGUAACAGCUGCCCCUUAAUAGUACUCUUCUAUAGAGACUCCAUGUUGAUAUGCGGAUUGUCUCUCGUUGUUACCUUGGUUGUGCGAUGGAUGAACCUAAACCCUGCCAUCCCGCCAGCUUGGGUGUCUGACUUUACCAUGAAGGCGCAAGAGAGUCGACCUGGGCAACUCUUAGGCCGACUGUUCCUUCAGCAUCCUCGACAAACUGCUGACAGUGAAGGCGUCGAGACGCCACCUCAAGGUGGGCCAAACUGGCGUCUGGUUGGCACGAUGCUGGAUCGAAUUGGCUUCCUCGCAUUCAGUGUGACAUACUUUGUUUUAUUGAUAACGUAUUACUUAUAUUAUCUGUGAGAAUCACCUUAAGACAAACAUGUGCGCUCAUAUUUACAUUAUAUGUGGUAUAUUUAGUUGAAUGUUACGACAAAUUAAGAACUGGAGACCAGUUUACGUGUGAAUAAUCACUAAUGUUUACAGCUUACAUUACUUCAUGAUUAUUUGUUAGGUGUAUUGGUUUUAUUAAGCAUUAAAUGGAAAGAUAAUAGAUGA